AGAAAAUGUCGUGUGCACGGGUCACAAGACAGUAACGUGUACUAGGCUAAUUUGUAAAAAGUGAAUAGUGGCAUAACUCGAGGACAAUGGCUUUCGUCGGAUAUCAGAGUCGCGGACAGCCGACGUACGGCCCAGUGUCGACGCACGAAGUGUCAUCGUCUACUUCUGGUGCUCGACCGUUCUUGUUCGUACCCGAAAACAACGCACCAGCGACAGCAUCAACGGUCACAGCUGCAGCAGCUGCUCCCGACUCAAGUUCGACGUCGCCACGUCGCGCGCGUGUGACACGGGACGACGACGCACCACCGCGAAGACAUCCAGGAUGCUGUGCGGUUGACGACGUGAUCUACGACCUAGAAUUACGGCUUUAUUCCGUGAUUUACGUAAGACGAACAGGCAUGAGCUUUGACCCGCCCUUUUCUAAAGGGAAAACGCUCGAAAGGUGACUUCUUUAUCCUCCAGGAUGAGCAACAACCUCGGUAAGAAAGCUCUAAUAGGACCGUUCGAGGGCGGUCGUCGUUGCUGGAUCGUAGCAUUUCCGGUGAUAACGGCGGCACUUCUCACCCUCUUCUUCCUGAACAUCGACUUUCAACUGCUGUUGAUGAAGACUAUCGGAAGGCAAAAAAUGGAGAAGGCGGUAUCUUACUAACUUUUACACGAUUUUGCAGACGCCAUCAGGGGCUUCCCGCUGAGUAAUUGAAUGUUCGUAGCGCGGGAAUUUGUAGACACAGGUAAAAAAAAAAGGGAAGCCGAUGUCGCCCAAUGAAUGAUGCAGACGCCAUUAGGGGCUAUAAGAUAUUAUGUUGCUGCUCCCUUACUUUUCGACGUCAAAGGGUUAAGAUAUUAUGUUGCGCAAGGGGGAGAGGAGAAAAGAGCCAAGGAUUCCGUAAGAGUUUACCUCUCUCCCAGCCAAAUAUGAUUCACUUCUUCCACUUCUUCUAAGCAGGUAGAGAGACGAGUUCACUAUUUUCACUUCUCAAAAGGUAGAAAGUUAUCUUCCCGAAGGAGCCGAAUAUUUUCCUGUCAGCAGCAAGAGCGUAGAGGAUCGGAUAUUCGUUUCCGAGGUCUCCAUGAUCCUCACUGCCACCAUCGCGCUUGCCGUAAUUCGAAGUACUUACUGUUUUGAUGUUUUAUCAUACACAUAGAACAGUACUAAAUCUUCUAAGAUACAAAAUGUUCUUGAAUCAUGGAGGUACUUAUAGUACUCUGGCUUGUCGUUUUCGUCGGGGUCCAUGGGUUUAUUGAGAUUUCUAUGUUCUUGUGAAUCUUUUCAAAUACAGAAAAUCUUUCAUUCGCGAUUAUGCCCUCUAUCCUAAAAGAAUCAGCUCUGCCUCCAAUUUGCUAACAGGCCGGCUUCCUUGGACGCUUUUGGUGGCAUUCUAGCGUGAAAACUCCCAUAUGCUUCGCGUACAUGUGGCGGGGCGCUAGUUUUGCUGUCGUUCUAGCUUUUUUCCUAGAAGCAUACGGUCAAGCAGAGUUACUCCAAAGGCUAAAGGGAGGCUCAUCCUCCAAAGUAGCUAUGCAACGGGUCGCGGCAGCGGGACCUAGUGCAGAACUCGAAACUCCUGAGGACGUGAUAGGUGUUUCUACUCCUGGCAUAUUGGAUUUCGAGAUGGUACCUUUUAGUAGGUCGCGGCCAUGGGAGUGUAGUACAACUAUCGAUACAACAGCGAUGUUGCGGCCAUUCGCUGCACAGAGCUGGCGACGCGCAGGCGACUUCGGUGAAAGGCUCACUGAUUUCUGGCAGUUGGAAUGGCUUGGUGAGAAGAAUAGGGCCAGACAGGAGCGGGAGAAGGGGAGCAGUAGGGAAGCAGUCACUAGCAAAAGAGUAGAUGUAGUUGAACAGGAGAGUGCUUCUAAUAGUCGUGGACAUCAUUAUAGAGAUAGAAGUGCAAAGCGAGGCAUUAAUGGACUAGAAGACUCGAGCAGCAGUAGUGGAACAAGGGAACAAGAGCUUGACGAGAAAACGACGAUAGGAGACGGGAGUUCCACAAGAAAAAUCUCUCGAGCCCAGCCUCCUGCUCGCUUAGAUGAGACCCUCCAACUACAAAUAAAUGGAGAAGCCGAAACACCAGAUUACAUCUCGUUGUCUCUUCUUGGUCGAAAUAGUAACACUCAUCUUCUGGCACAAGCACGACAACGUCGCCAAUUAUUAGUCGAGACAACGUCCAGUGACAUCUUCCCACACACAACGACUCGCCAUCUAGAGGAAGCUGAUAAGAAGCCAGACCGUUUUCGUGACAUUCUGCGCGGAAAAGCGGACUCAUAUCCGGGUCUCGUACUUGGCGUCAUGUUUUUCGCCGCCUUCUUUGAGGAAGCAGUGAAGCUAUUUUUCCUGCUGUUUGGUCUCGCACGGGUUAAGGAGGAAAUUCAAGCGACUCCGAACACGCGCUGCUCUGAUUGUCGUGGGUACUGCUUGAUAAUUGAGUCAUCUGAUAUAAUAGUUUUGAGUUUACAACUUAAAUGUUGCUUCCUACAUUCAUUGCGCUUCAGAGAAAUGAUGGUGCAUUUUGAUAUGAAGAGGGAAGCAUCAACUACAGUUGUAGUAUCGCACCUUCUGAAGACAUCAACAACCUCCACUCCUAACACCAAACGUACUACCUGCCCUCCUAACACCAAACGUAUUACUACCUCCACUCUUUUCUAGGUACAUCGUACGGCAAUGGGAGAGUUUAGUCUUCUAUGCCGGUUGUGUGGGACUCGGGUUCAUGCUGACGGAGAACCUGAAGUACUUUACGAUGAUCGCAUUAUCUCCGGACAUAGGAUUUACAGAAGAAGAAGCGACGUCAGAAACCUAUUGGAUGCGCCGUUUCUUGGGCAUCGUUCGAAACCUCUUCAACCUCCAUCCUUUUUUGACAGCGGCGUGUGCGGCUAGGUAUUGAGUAUUUAAAUUUGGUUGUUUGGAGGACGUAGUUGCCGAGAUAUUAAGAUAUUAAGCUGGUGGUUUUUUCUAGUUAGGUGCUCCACCACAAAGCUAUUAAGCGUAACUUUUUGGUUGCGUUAUAAGUGGAACGAAAUAGAAGAAAUAUCCAAUUAUGAAGCUUACUUCUGAUCAUUUCUUUCCCUUUUCUUCCCCUUUUUUCCCCACAGGCUGGCUCCUGCGCUUUACUCAUCGGACGACGACGAGUUUGUGCGCGUCAACCACUACGUGGGCUGGAAGGCACUACUCACCGCACUCGGUCCUCCCGUCCUUCUCCACUGGGCAUACGAUGCUGGGGCUAUUUUCAUCAUAUCCUGGAAUCCUUACUUUAAGGUUACCGUUGAGCCGUCCUCAGCACCAUCCCUCGCUCUUUUUCUUCUUGAAAAAAAGCCAAGGAUGGACUGAGGGAUGCGAACGCGGUAGCUCUAACUACUGCUUGCUCUGGUACCCCUUCGUCAUCGCGGUCGCUGCCGCAUUGCUUCUAUUCUGGGAAUUGCGGAAACUGCGCAGCUUGCUUAUGAAAGAUCGAAAUCUCCUUUUUAAUACAAAAGGGCUUUGUCAACAUCUUGUUAUUUUAACAUGAUUUGGAGCAACACCUACGCUUUGUUCUAAUGUCCGUGACGACGGGAAGCUGGACGCAACUCUUUGGUCUGCAGACGUUCCGGACAGGAGCGAUGUCAACAGUCCGAGUACGCGGAACAGUCCAAACCGUCGGGGGUUGCCAUAGUGGCUUGAAUAGUCAAAAGUAGUCAACACUCGUACAUCAAGGGGAACAACUUAUAACUAUUAUUAAUCUUCUGAACGGUCGUUGUUCACUUUCAGAGACCAGCGUAUUUCAUAUAAGCUGGUACUUCUUGGACCAAUUUAUAGAUUUAUGAGGGCCAGAGGAAACUUGACAACAGGCAUAGAGAGAAUGAGAAUUUUUUCACAGCUGGCUGCCAUACGCCAAUGACAUGCUGAAAGCAGCUAUUUCGCGAGAUGCAGACUCGUGAAAAAUGAAAUCUUUGAAUGUCAUCACAGAAAUAUUCUGUCUGAUUCUCCGUGGCAGUUGAAUAAGCGUGAUUUAAGGAUUAAGACAGCGAUGAAUGAAUUUGAGAAGAUGCAGUCAGAAAGAUAGAAAGAGUAGACUACGAAGAACCCUGGAUCGUCGUGACAAUCGAAAGAUAGAUGUGUUCUAGUACA